GAAGAAGAAAAGCAUAGUCUGAAAUAUUUUCUCGUCCGAUUCUAGCUGAUUCUGAAAUUCGAUUCUGACAGAAAUGGAAGCUUCUCUCUGAUCUAUCACUUCUUUCUGUAAAAUAACCUUACAAAUUCGAAGAAACCACACCAAAAUUACACAUAAUAAAUACACACACAAGUACACAACUAAAUAAAUAAACAAUCACCGAUCAUCAUAUUAGCGACUCAGAGUCUCUGUAAAAAUGCUUCACAAGAGCUUCAAACCCGCGAAAUGCAAGACGUCGUUGAAAUUGGCGACGGCGAGGAUAAAGCUGAUGAAGAACAAGAAAGGAGUGCAGAUGAAUCAGAUGAAGAAUGAUCUGGCGGCGUUGCUGCAGUCCGGGCAGGAUCGGACUGCUCGUAUUCGUGUCGAACAUUUCAUCAGGGAAGAGAAGAUGGUGGCAGCUUAUGAUCUUAUUGAGUUAUAUUGUGAGCUCAUUGCUGCACGCUUGCCAAUUAUAGAGUCUCAGAAGAAUUGCCCAAUUGACUUGAAGGAAGCAAUUGCAAGUGUGAUAUUUGCAGCACCAAGAUGUGCUGAUGUACCAGAACUGUUGGAUGUUAAAAAGCACUUCACAGCAAAAUAUGGAAAAGAAUUUGUUACAACAGCACUCGAGUUGCGUCCCAAUUGUGGUGUUGGCCGCAUGUUAGUUGAAAAAUUAUCUGCUGUUGCACCAGAUGGGCAGGCUAAAUUUAAAAUAUUAAAUGCCAUAGCAGAGGAACGCAACAUCGAGUGGGAUUCUAAAUCAUUUGAAGAAAAAGAAACAAAGCCAACAAAUGAUUUGUUGAAUGGACCAAGUACUUUUGAGAAGGCUGGUGAGAUGGCAGUGGAAGCCACCAAAAUCGGUGUUUCAGAUGUCCAAGCUACUUCUAGUCAUGAUAGGCACACCAGACCUUUGAAUUCCACUGAGACAAACACGGUAUCUUCGGUGGACGUGCACACUGUUUUGCCUGUAGAUCAUGGUGGUAGGAAUACAAAUGAUAUUACUCAUUCUGAUCCUAGACAUUCAGGAAAUGAGACAAAGGUAGGCAGCCACUCUUUUGCCAGAGAUGAAAAUUAUUCUAGGAGGCAGGAUUGGAAUAUGGAAUUUAAGGAUGCUAGGUCUGCAGCACAGGCAGCAGCAGAGUCUGCUGAAAGAGCAAGUAUGGCUGCAAGAGCUGCUGCAGAAUUUUCUAGAAGGGAAGAUGAUAGUAGGCAUUUACCCUCUGAAUCCAGGAACUCAACUGGUAACAAUACAAGACAAGAUAUGCCUGGGACAUAUUCUUCAUCAGAACUGCCAGGUGAAAAUUUUGGAAAUGUCCCUGUGAAGAACUCCUCCUUUCAUAGUGGAAAUUCCAAGGUGCAGAAUGAUCAAAUAGUGAGAGGUGAAAAUCAAAAUCGGGCAGAAGCUCGUGACAGAUUGCAAAUGUAUGAUCAUGGCAACACUAAAGAAUCCAGUCAUCCAACAUCUGUGAGGCCUGGAGAAUCUACAAGUGAUGAUAUGAACUCCGUACAUAGCAUGCAAAGGCCACAUGAGUACUCUGGAAAAACUUCAUUUGAAGAGACCACUAAACAAGUCAGGGAACCUUCAGAUUCUAGAACAGGGAUGAUGCAACAAUACAUAGAGUCCAGGGAUGAAAGUGCAUCUAGAUGGAAAGAUGAUUUCAGAGCUGAACAUUUUGAUCAAUAUGGCGAAGGGAGACCUGAAAAGCAGGAUCAUCUCGGGUCAUUUCACUCUCAUUCCAGCACCGAAACUGAUGAUGUUGCCUACAAGGAAUCAGGGAGUAAUGCUGCCCAGGAUCUUUUUAUCGUUAAUGGCCAAGAGAGUAUAUACAGAGACACUACGAAGAUGAACUCAUUUGAUGACAAAUCUGUAGCUUUUGACGAAUAUGACUCCAGUGAUGUCAGCCAUAAUCUGGAUAUAGGCCCGAGAUAUGAUGAAGGAGAGUCCACUACAUAUGUUUCACCACUAGGCAGUAAUUCAUCCUUUUCAUCAACUAUAGAUAUCUGGAACCCUAGAAAAGACACAAUCAAGUCGCCGGAAAGAGCGACAUUAAAACCACAUCAUUUUUCUGAAUACCAACCCACUCCUGUUUUCUCUGAAAGCACAUCAAAAUCUUUGGAUCCUUUAGGACCAGACAAUGUGUCUGUAACUCCUCAUGAUUUGGAUGGACCAAAAUUCGACAGCGAAGAUGAGGUGGAGAUGUCUAUUGAUGAAGAAAAGAAAAAUGUGUUAUCCUUAGAUCCUGAGUCAGCACAUGCUGAAAGUUAUGACUCUACUGAAACUUUGUUUGUGAACAGGAAGGAUACUGAUAAUUAUAGAAAGCCAGGUGUAGGAUCCUCGUCCGAUGAUGAUUUGGUUACUAUGGAAGCUCACCGACAGAGUGACUCUAUGAUAGUUCUAAAUGCAGACUCUCCAAAGUUUGAUUCCGACAAGUAUAUGCAGAACAUCAGCCAAUCUUCAAAUCUGUUGUCGACCCAUACGGACGGGGACAGAUUUCUUAUAACCGAGUCACCUGAGGCAUUGAAAGAUGAGGAAUUGAAACAUCAGUCUGAUUCAGAGGAAGAAGGUAAGCUUAAAUUUGGAACCUUGACAGGUGGGCUUCGCAAUAAGGGCUACAGGCAUCCACCCUCUAUUAGGAAACUAACAGGUGAUUCAUCAUCGAGGAACCCAAAAACUACAGAUGAGAGUUUAAUGAAAAUUGAGCAGCAAAUUUCCCCAAUCUCUUUGGAGAGCUCUGUGAUUGCUACACUGAGCAAUGAUGCAAACACAAAAUCAAGCUUUAGCACAUCAACUCUUCAUUCAGAUUCUGAUUCACAGACUGAUGAUUCUGGGGAUGAAGCCCAACAAAAUACCAUCAAGGGAAGGCAAGCUUCGCUUGGCAAGAAGCCCAACAAAGAAGUAAAAUAUAAAUCCAGCUUCAGGCCUCCUGUUGCCACAUACUUUGACCUUGAUAAUGAAGAUUACAAUGACGAUGUCCCGAAACAAAAUUUACCCAACAAGGGCCACUUGGGAAGUGCAAUAUCUCGCAGGACAAAACCUUCACCUUCAGGCCCUGGAACCAAAUCAUACUCCAAGAUUCAAGCUGAGCAUGAGGAAUCAGCUAAGCCAAAUCCCAGUAAAGAUCGAACAUCCACUAGAGACCGCCCAAGUAAUGAAAUACCAACCAAGAUGAAGUCAGAGGUGAAAAGUGUCGACUACUUUUAUAGAGAAGAACAGCUGAACCCUGCAAAAUCCGAAGCUUCCAAGUCUACAGUUUCCAGAAUCCCUCCCCAUGAGAGACCUUUAAACUCAUCAACAGCAGAAGAAUCUUCCAGCGGUCUUCAAAAAACAGAAGCUUCAAGUAGCCUACAAAAUCCAAAGACAUUGAAAUUUACAGGGGAGCCACCAACAAGGGAAGAUUCCACGAAGAGAGCGAGUCAUGUUCAUCCAAAACUUCCAGACUACGACUCCAUAGCUUCUCGCUUACAAUUAUUGCGAAAGGAUCAGCAGUAAAGAUAUACAACUACACUACAUUAUGAUAGCCUGAUCAGUGUGUAUAGCCUAGUAAAUAAUAUAUCCUUGGUUUGCAAAGCUUGUGUAAAGUCUCAUAUUUGAUUUGUUGUUUCAUUUGCCGAAAAUGAGUAAUUUUGUCAUGUAAAAGACAUUUCACUAAAAAAAAUCUCCUAAAAAUUUGAUAAAUUAUUGGUUGAAUAGUAGGGAGAUUGGUUUCCAUUA